AUGCUGUCGGUGAAAUGUUUUCUGAGCUGCGCUGGGGACGGGUGCUUCUCUGAAGAGGAUUCCUUCCGCUCCGGUAGAGCAUCCCGGCUGCCAAGUCUCCGCUUGUUCCGUGGCGCCAGCCGUGGCCCCCUGAGUCUCACCCCGGCGCGCUCCGAGGAGGGCGAGCUGGAGAAGUUCCCGGUCGAGCUGCUCCGCCACAACCGCGAGAGCAGCGCCGUGGAGGUGGCGGCCAAGGCGCGGAGGACCAUCGACGGCCGGCGCCAGGCGGAGAAGCGCCUCCUCCGCAGCAGGCAAGGUAAGGACCUCGGGAAGGGGAGCCGUUGCUUCGCCCAGAUCUCCUAUGGAAACGUUGGCCGGGAGAGGGGAGGUUUGCUUCCCGGGGUCCAGCUGUACAAGCGCGUGGCGACAAAAUUGGAGGGACGACUUGGCCUCCCUUCCUAUAUCCCCGCUUUGCUCUCCUUCUCCCUCUCAUUAUUCCAUUGCAUCACCUCAACAUGGACAUUAAACGGCAGGGACGAAAUUUCGAAUAUAUUGUAUCUCUCUUCUAUGCGUUAUUCUGAAGAACACUUUCUUACUCAACCUUCCUUUGCAACAGUUAUUUUUGAAAAAUGGCAAGCCGAGCUAGGAAAGACUUGCCUCUAUCUGCGGCCUUGGAGAGUCACUUGACCUUGAAAGUUGGCCCUGGGAAAUUAGGCAGGCAAGCGGUAGGAUCCCGUAUAGGGAAGCUUUUCAUACCCUGUUGAGGUUCUCGUUCUUUUUCUGCUGAUGUCAAAAGAAGCAAACAAGCAAACAAACGUUUCUACAACAGGUAAUUUGCAAAAUGUCACAAUGUCUAGUGAUGAGAUGAUCCACACGGGAAGGAAACAUCUAUGGAAAAUUCCUGAAAAGGACCCAGAACACAUUUUCGAAGAAUGUGAGAAAGGUCACAAAUUGCCGAUUAGAACUCGGGAAAGGGGGAUGAAAACUUGUCACCAAUUUGUAGAAAUGGACAAUUGGAAACAGAGGCGGUCGUACAAAAUGCAGCGCAAGGUGAGUUUGGUUUAGGGUUCUUCCUAAUCCCCAAGGACAAUGAAAUUUCUCCUUCGAUCACAGUACAGCUAUGUGGGAUUAUAAAUAAUUGUCCUUAUUUUACAGAGUGGAAUCAAAUUUCAAUCCAGAUUCCUGCCCACUCAGUGCUGUGGUGAGAAAAAACCCCAGUUUGUAGAAGAAGAAGGCAGUAGUGAGACAGAGGAGACUGCAGAUUUUGGGGGAAGUGUCCAGUGUAGUAGGUGUCCCAGUAAGGUAAGGGACUGGACUCAAUCUGAUUUGCAUUACCACCCACAGGAAUGAGGAAUACAUGGAUACUUUCAAGGUGAAUCUACCAAACUUGAAAUUCAGGUUUACUGUGGAAAGUAAUCUGUUUGUGGGAAUGUUAAGGAAGGUAGGAGAGGAUAUAUUGUUUUGACAUUAUCCCUCCUCAUGCUAGUGAGAAAACAGCGGGAGCGGGGGGCGGGGGGAGGAGGGAAUCCUUUUGCACCUUAUUGGAAGCAAGUUGAUGAUUCGUUAGAAUCCUUUAAUUAAGCAAUCCAGUCUGGCUUGUCCAGUCUGGAUUGUUCGUGGUAAGUUUCCUCUUUAUUUCCCUCUUAAAAUAAUAAUAACACAACACAGUCUUCUUUAAGAGUAAGAAUAAAGUUUUAUUCACAUUCAGUUCACAGCAGUAAUCUGAAGGCAGGCUUUAUCUUGUGGUUACAGUGAAAAGAAGUCUGAGCUACAUCUCAGACUUUCUGCUUUUGGGCUCCAUCCUAUGAGAAGGUUGAGCCAUGUGCUGGCUGAGAGCCAGGAGAGCAAGAGUCCAAGAGACAGAUGGUUGCGUGGCCAGCCAGGGUCAUGCCCAUCUACCUGGUCACACAAAGGGGCAGGAAGCGUCAGAGCAGGUAUGACAGGAAGUCCUCUCUGUCUGGAGCCACAUUCCUCUGUGUGUCCAUUCUAGGCAACAGGAAAAUGUUGUACUUGGCUGCUCUAGUAAUAAUACAUCCCACACUUUUUAGAACCAUUGGUGUUGGUUUGUGUGUGUGUCAAUAGAUAGUGGUAAAGCAGUUUCCCUACAGUUGGCAAUGGAAGUAAAUAGAAUUGCAAUUGACUUUCUGUACUAUCACACUGUGAUUUCAGUUUCGGGUAGAAUCAUCAAUCCUAUUCACAUUUUACAGACGGUCCACUGAAUGUUAUCAAUUUGAAAUCCACACUUUUUUUCUGGUGCUUUAACAUUUUUUAAUCAGUGUACAUUCAGCUUGUAGCGGAGGUCGUCAAUUUCAGCCUACCUUCGUGGAAUGUCUCCUAUACUAAACUGCCUGUUGAGGAUUUUGGGGGAAGAAGGACAUUCUUAUUUUCAGAUGAGAUUGGGUGGGUGUGCACGUGAAUUGGCAUCAAUAUUAAUCAUUACUGCUUUGUUAAAGGUUCUUCCAGGAAAAAUCAUCCCAGAGGUGGUUCUGGAUUUACAAGGGAAUCAUACAUCCUACAAGUGAGUAAUUUAUCUCACACAUUUUUCAGCCUACCUUCUGGGGAAUGUUCUGUAGACUCGGCUCAUGUGGGUCGCACAAUCAUGAUGAAUGUUGCUGUUCUCUAAAGCACACCCAGGUUACAUCUGUAGCUGCACAUUUAUGUGGCAGAUCACUAGCAGUGACCAAGAUCUAUUUCAAGGAAGCUGUGGGUCAGCUACUAUAUCAGAUGCAGGAAUACCAAGGAUGAAUAACCACAAAUUUCAGGCAGUGUUAAACUUUUACUACAUGAUAUGUUUUACCAAGCAAGCACAUAGGACACGAGUUAUGAUUUCUCUUAACAGCAAAGGAAUGUGUUCCACCCCCUUCCCCAUUUGACUUUUUCUUGCUUGCUUUCAGGUUAUGCUUUACUGAGGCUGGCUCUUUCCGUUGCUGUUAUACUGAUCUCAUAUUUGAGGUGAGGGGAGCUGUGACCAUCACAUACCAAUUUGACUCAUGGCCUAAACACCUGAACAGGUGGGAUGCAUGGAAGUUGAUGGUUGCCGGCCCUUUGUUCAACAUCCAAGCAGAUCCAGUCGAGUCUGUGUCAGCUAUUCAACUCCCUCACUUCUUGUGUCUUGCAGGUAUGGUAAGAGAAAGCUUCCAUAACCAUUGUAACAAGAAUCCUAAAUGGGAUUGACUAUCAUGGCAUGGGAGGGAGAAGUAGGGAGACUUGGCUUCCUAACCUAAGCUCUUAUUUUCCCCCACUUGUAACAUGCUUGUCCCUCUUAAACCAUUUUGAUUGUGAGACCAGCAGGGCAAUAAAUCAGCAUUAAGCGUUGGGUUUGACUAACAUUUAUUCAGAGUAAACCCACUGAAGGGAAUGACUAAAUGGGUCAAUUCAUUUCAGUGGGUAAAGAUUAGUCAUUUGGGAGGUAGGACAGGAUACACAUCUAAUAAAUAAUAAAUGGUAGUUGAAUAGUUCACGUGAACUUGAGUAUACACCUCUUCAGUGUUUACACACUCUUCCGAGGACAAAAUAGCUCUGCUGUCCAUGGCCCAUGUUUUCUGGUUUCCUGCUCUUCAUUUGUUUUGUGGGAAGACGUGCAGAUGCUCCUUGAACUUUAGUUCCCAUUCCUUACUACCAAUUCAGAUAAUAAAUGCUGCUGUGUGGUUUGAAUUGCAGCUAUUAUAUUCCAAGGACCGCUAGAUCCAUUGUGGGUGCAGAAAGUGAAUCUCAACCCAGACAAAACUGUUGAUUAGUGGAAGGAGAGUUCUAAGGGGCUGGCAGAGAAGUUUAGAGGACCAUCUCUGGCCCCCAAGACUGAGGAUGCCCACCUUUGCUGCAGUGCCUCAGCUAAGGAACUUCUUGUUGCAGUAGAGCCAACUUUUCUUUUGCCUUUAGCAAAUGCUUCAAAAUUCUGUUGUUCAUAUAUGCAUUUGGCCUGGAUGACCUGUGAAGUUUUUUUGUUUAUCAGCUCCUGAUAAUUUAAUGUCACUGCUUUUUCUUGGGGUUUUUGAAAUUGCUGGUUUUGAAUUUAUGACUUUUAUUACCUAGAUUAGCCUUUCUGAUGUGUCCUAUUCAAGAUAAAAAGACACAAGUUUUUGUUUUUACAAAAUAUAUAAAUACUUCACCCUACAAAUCUAGAUAAGCUCAUUAAAAUACAGCCCAAUAACUAAUGCCACCUAUUUUGAUAUAUGUUUGCUCAAAAAAUUUUUUUGCCAAUUUAACUGCUUUAUAUAUGGCUUAAAUUAAUGCAAUCUGGCACUUCUCACUUGCCUGUGCAAUAGGAAUGCCUCUUACAGUGUUCAUGGCUUACAGUAUUGGAAUCUGGGCAACAGAGAGCAGAUGCUCAUUUGAUUUAUUUUUUUUAAAUGAUAUUUAUUAAGGUUUCCAAAAAAAAAAGUUACAUAUAUAAGAAAAAGAAAAAUAGAGAAAAGAAAAAAUACAAAAUACAGAAAAAAUAAAAGAGACUUAAAAACAAAUCAAUCUUUCCAUACCUUACAUUUCAUUUACUUGUUUCCCUGACCUCCUCACGCCUCCCUUUUUUGUAUUCCAGUUCAGUUAAUUAAUUCAGCAAUUCCUUUCCCUCUUUGUUUUUAUCUUAAUCCUUUAACUUAAUAUAUUAUAGCUUUAGAUUCUCACCUGUUAACAAUCCAUUUUUACAUACACCUUUAUAACAUUGCUGCUAAAACCACUUAACUUCAUUCUGACAUCAUUCUAACAUUCAUUAAUUUUGCAGUAUUUCUGUAAAUAGUCUUUAAAUUUCUUCCAAUCUUCUUCCACCGACUCUUCUCCCUGGUCUCGGAUUCUGCCAGUCAUUUGAGCAGAUGCUCAUUUGAGACAAUUUGUGCUAGACAUAAAGCAGCAUCUAUUAUCACAGGCUAUCAAAAAAAGCAAGCAAGUUAUGAAAAAAAAAAAAAAAAAAAGGCUGGAUAAAUUGAUGCUCAGCCCGUCACUUGAAACAGCAUAACAGCAUUCCAGUGUACAGUAUUUUGAACCUUCUGGAGUCUUCAGGAAUGGGUGAACUAAAGGUCGUAAGAACUAGGUGCCUACCUGAGGGCAGUGGGUCUACAGGCUAACUACUAUUAAACUGUGUUUCAUUUGCAUUCCUUCCUCUGAUAGGUAAAAAGGGUUCCCAAGUCCGUAUAGCACAUUUUGUCGGUAGGAUGAUGAGUCUGCAGAAGCCAGCCAGAGUGGGACCACUUCAUGCUGUGUUGGAAAACCUCAAGUUAUCUCCUUGUGGAGCAGUUUUCAAAUUUUGGUUUAAGCAGAAGAUAAAGGUGCACACUGUGGCCCUGCUCUAUGAAAAGCUGGAAGUCUCUGCUCCAAUAUUCCACCUGUACCUCCUCCCCAAUGACUCUUCCUUUAAAAAGGUAACCAGGAAUCUCCGGUUCUACUGGGUUCUACAAAUUUGCAAGAUGAUUAGCUUGAUCCUGUUGAUCAGAGCAAGGUCUGAAGGUCUGAAGGCAUAUGAAGCCAUCAUCUUGCUGAGGCCAAGCAGGUCAGGGUUUGGUCAGUGCCUGGGUGGGGGGUUAAUUAGGAACUGCAUGUGUGGUUUCUUGGAUUCCAUGGUGGAAAAAAGACAGGGAAUCCAUUGACCAAGAUUCAGUAUUGAGUGUCAAAGUGACCUAGUUUUCCUUAUAUGUUGUUAGUCUCGGAAGCGUUUACCCAGAGAAUAUCUGAACCUCUGCCAGUUCAGUUUGUUGGAAAAUCCUCCAGCAGUUUGUCAUCUUCUUUGCAUGUCUCAAAAGUGACUUUGUUUGCUCGUUCCAGGCUGUCCAUGAGUAUGAAGUGAAGUGCCAUUCACGAAAAAUGCAAAAAAAUCCUGUGACCAUGAAACCUCUUAAGAUUGGCUCUUGCUUCUUUGUGCAGAAGUUAGAUGGUGUCACAAUCUAUCCGAAGGUACAGUGCGAAGAGGGUGAAAGGUUUUGCUGGGAGGUACCUAGCCUGUGAGGUAUGAGGAUAGGAGAACCUCAGCUCAGACCUCUUCAGCCCUUUGCUUACCCUCUUGAAUGGAGGGCUGGGUGGAAAGCUGUGGGUUAAGCAACAUUCGCACAUAGAAUCAUAGAGUCGGAAGGAACUUUGGGAGUCAUCUUUUCCACCUGCCUCUACAGUCCACCUCCCUGCCCAGUGCAAGCUCUCCAAAGAAGGAUGCAAAUACCUGUUAAAUCCCUUUGGAGAUGACUGUGCAGCCUCUUCUUAAAUAAUACCAGUGAAGUUGGGGCCACCACCUCCCAAGGCACUGUCCCAAUGGUAACAACUGUUACCAUUAGGAAGUUUUCCGAAAGGUUUUGCCAAAAUCCACCUCCUUGCAAUUUCCACCCAUUGUUUUAGUCCUGCUCACUGGACCAACAGAAGUCCAUCUUUCACUCAUUCUUACAGGAACUGAAGUUAAACUAUCUGAAUGCAGACAUGAAAAAGCAGUACAUUGAACUGUGUGCUCAGCACAUGCAGGAUGAACUGGAGCUCAACCUGAUAAAUAAGAAGGAUGAACUUGUGUGGAGGGCCUGUGUGAGACACGGUGAGCAUUGAUUGAAAGAGGACCAAAGGUUGGACCAUCCAUUGGGAAGCAGGCUAAUGGAGGACAUUCCAGCCACAUUCCCCCUCUGAUUUCCCUUUUUCUGUUAUAUUUCAGAUGAGUUGACUUCUUCUGUUCUGCCCCCAGCACAAGGUAAGUUUUAUUUAUUUAUUUUAAUUGUUUAUUCACUUCCUCUGUGUUUGUGCUUGUAUCCCAUCCUUCUUCCCAAUAGGUGCAAAGAGUAAGCAUUUGAUAAAGUAUUAGAUACUAAGGCAAUGCAACACCCCCGCCCAACUGAAAUACGAUUCAGGAUCAACUCCAGAUCUGGUUCAGUUCACAUUAAUAUGGAUCUGGCCCAACCCAAUCUGGAGUCCUGAUCUGAAUUGCAAUCCAGAAAAAAACAAAUCUUCAAAAAUCUCAUUUGCUGCAUUCAGAAACCAAAAGAGCUAUAGCCUUUUGUUUGUUUGUUAUUUCAUAUAGGUGGUGAAACUUGGGAAACAUGAGGGGAUUAACAUUGCCAAAUUUCAGACAGGGUAACUCUGGGUUAGCCACCUUUAAACAUUUGAUCAAGGAAGGACUCUAUGAUUUGACCAAAGCUUGAGAUGAAGGAUUGAUAAGGACAUCCCAAUCAUAGUUUGUCUAACUUCCCUCUUUUCUGUCCUCUUUCAGAAGACUUGAAGCCUUCCGUUUUGCACUCAGCACAAGGUCAGUAGGAAUCUAUAACAUGGUCUCAUGUAACCAGGUCUUCUCCCAACGACAAAGGUCUCUUGCAUACUAAAUUGUCAUGGAUUUAGAAAGCAGAUAGUCAGUGGAAUUUUAUGUCUGAGAGGUUUUACACUUGGUUUUUGAAUAACAUAAUAUGUAAGUAACAAGUGUGCCUCACCAAAAUCUGCCCACCUGCAAAGUCCUAUUUUGCACUUGGUAACUGACAUAUAUAAGAAGUGUCAGUGGAUAAGCUGGGGUGGCCCAUAUUGGUGAACUCCUUCUGGAGCUCAGUAAGUUAGCAUUAAUUGUUUUAGUAAUUGUUGUUUUGUGAAUAACCACAGAGAUAAGAUAUGAAGCCAGGCAUCUCACGUCCUGGUCAAGGAUUCCAGCAGACCAACGCAGCUCUUGCCUUUCCAUGGCUGCUGACAGACCAGUGAGCUUUCCAUUACUACUGUCCCAGGAGCAAAAUUGUUGCGGAAGUAGAAGCUCUUGGAAACAAGCUAAGUCCUGGAUGCUCCAAUUCCUACCAGAGGGCAGUCUCUUGCAGCAUCUUCUAUACCUUCCCCCCUUUAAAUGUGAAUUGUUCGUCUUUUGUCUGAUAGAUGCUCAUCCACCCAGCUCCUCUGACUGCCAUUUCAUUGAACAGCACCGGGAACAGCUGAUCCAGCGGACCACCAAUGUUGCAGCAGUCCUGGAUAUGCUGCAUGGCCAAAUCCUGGAUGAAGAACAGUACCAAAAAAUCUCUUCAAGGGAAACUAACCAAGAAAAAAUGAGGGAACUCUACACGCUGGUGCCUGGCUGGAACCACUAUUGCAAGGAUCAGCUCUACAAGGCAUUGAAGGCCAAAAACAGGUUCCUUAUUGCUGACCUUGAAUGGAGCUGA